AUGUUGCCACAAUACCUGUGUGACAGAGAUAGAUGUUUGAUAUCAGCUAACAUUUUUGUGUCUAUUUUUGUUGACAAAUAAAACAAUCUCGUCAGCAGUGCAGGAAGUGUAAAUUGACUACUCGUUCAAAAUUUUACAUAAUUUUGAUUAAUUUUCUACUCGCAGCGCGUAAAAUCAUUGUCUUAGUUUAUUGGAGUUAAUUUUUCUUCUUGGAAUUUGUCAUUCGUACUUUUGUACAAAAGUAAUUUGAAUAAAAUUACCUAUCUAAAACUAUGGAAGAAAAAGCAAUUGUACCAAUGGAAUAUUGGCCCUUCGAGUCAGUAAAUUAUGGAAGCGCGAUUUCAAUGGAAACCGAUUCGGAUAGUGAUGAUGAAAAUGAGGAAAAAAUUGUAAAAAUUGUAAAAAUCGUCGACUUGAAUGAUGAUUGUCUUGAGCCGAUUUUCCUGAAAUUGACCAAGGAGGAUCUCGCUAAUAUCGCCGAGACGAAUUUGCGAUUUUUGAAAAUGGCCUGUUAUGCUUUUGCCAGAAAUUUUGCACAAAAUGCAUUCGAAAGUGGAUAUGAUGAGUGUGAUUCAGGCCAUUUCGAACGAUCCAUGAAUAUCAUUAAGCAUUUUGGAAAAUUAAUUCGAAAACUCGACUUGUACGAUGCGCACAAUGAUUGUCAAUACAAUCAAAUGAUAACGGACGCCUUGUUUGCCACAUGUCAUGCAAACAUAACCGACAUUGUUUUUGAUGGUGUCGACCAGGAUACAUUGAAUAAAAUUCGACGCCCAUUUCCAAAUCUUAUCAAUUUAAACAUCUACGAUUUAUCGUUACCGCAAAAAAUUGCACAGCUCAAUCGAUGGUUUCCGAAUGUGACAAAGUUGAUUUUACGUUGUUCCGGCCUUUUUUCGGAGGAAUACUGUGCAUUACGUAGACUAAGAAGUGCUGACAUUGCGACAAUGACUCUUGAAGAUAUGCAGAUUUUUAUUCGAUCCAAUCCUCAAUUAACCACAUUACGCUUGCGAGUAGAUAAUUCACAACUGAUCAAUGGACAACUAUUCAAUUUUAUGGCACAAAAUCUUUCCGAUUUAGAACAUUUAACAUUAACAAUCAAUAAUUGGAAACCGGUUGCCUACCAGUUGGUCGAUACCAAUUUCAGAAGUCUUCGAACAUUGACACUUUCGCUGUGCUGGAAUAUGAUCAACGUUCCAAAUAAUAAUCCAUCAACCAUUGGAAUUACAUCGCCCGUUUUAGAAUCGACCAAAAUUAAGGGACUUUAUUUCAACGAUGCUUGCGUUGAUUUUGCUACGCGCUGCCAAAAUGUCACGGACAUGGAGUUUACAGUUGACGAUGAAAUGGAUACAUUCCUUUUUAUUCGCUUGGCACAAUGGUGCCCGAAACUUAAUAAAUUACAAAUGAUUUUUUUACAUAAUGAUGACGAUUAUGACAUCGAUGCCGAUGGUCUUGUUCAUUUGCUUGCCCAUUGUCGCGAACUAACAAGCAUUACUCUCACCUGUGCACUACGAUUCAUCGAUAAUUAUAAUGAAUUUUGUCGAGCUUUUGUCAUCGCCAAAAGGAACAAUCUUAUUGAUCAGGCUUGGAAUUUGAAGCAAAUCAUUGAACCAUUCAAAACAAAUGAUAUCGAAAUUUUCAAAUAAAUCAAGUCAACUUUUGAAAUAGUUUGCGAAUGCGUUAUGAAGAAUGUUGAAAAAAAAAAUGUUUAAAAUGUUAAAAUUUGAGGAAUAGGACUACUUCAGUAGUGAAAUCAUUUGUACAUUUUGAAUUUUAAAGAAAAUUAAUUUAAUACGAGAUAUAUUCUAUCUCCAUUGUUUUUGGAAAUAAGAGCAACUGUUACCAAUAUUAUAAUAAAGGGGGAAAAAGAACAAUUAAAUUUCCAGAAGAAAAUUUAAGAAGGAAAAAAAAGUACAAAAAAAAAUCAAUUUCAAAUGAAAGAAAUGUUGAAAAAUUGUUUUAGUAAUUUUAUCCAUCAUUUUAGAAUCUUUACAAAAUCUACUGCAUUUCAAUUAAAUUUAUGGCAUUGUAUAUAAAAUUUUUGAAAAAUGGCUUCUACAAACAACAUUGAAUGAUGAUUUGUUUGGAAUAAAACAAAGAGAGAAAAACAUUAA